AUGUACCGGGCGACGGCGACGGCCAUCUCGAGGUCCUCCUCAGCGCUGCGGAGGCAGCUCGCGCGGAGCGCGGGCGGGGAGCCGCCGCGUCUGUUGGCGCGGGGGUAUGCGGCCACGGCGAAGGAGGUGUCCUUCGGCGUUGGCGCCGGCGCCGCCAUGCUGCAGGGCGUCAACGACCUCGCCGACGCCGUCAAGGUCACCAUGGGCCCCAAGGGGCGCACUGUGAUCAUCGAGGGGUUCUGUAAAGGUCCCAAGGUCACGAAGGAUGGGGUCACUGUUGCCAAGAGCGUGGAGUUCGAGGAUAGCGCGAAGAAUGUUGGGGCGAAUCUGGUGAAGCAAGUUGCUGAUGCUACGAACAAGGCUGCAGGGGAUGGGAAAUUCUGA